UGAAUUUGAGUUAUGAGAAUGGGAAAGUGUUGGUUUGCUGGUGUGUUGAUUGUUUUGGGUUAUGUAUGCUUGUUGGGCACUACUUCUAGGGUAGAAGGGUACCCUAUUGAAGAUUUGGUAGAGAGGUUACCAGGGCAACCCAAGGUUAACUUUAGUCAAUAUGCUGGCUAUGUUGAUAUUGAUGUAAAGCAUGGGAGGAGUCUCUUCUACUAUUUUGUUGAGGCUGAUCAUCAUCCUCACAAAAAGCCUCUCACUCUUUGGCUCAAUGGAGGUCCUGGAUGUUCUUCCAUUGGAGGAGGUGCUUUUACUGAAUUAGGACCGUUUUAUCCUAAGGGUGAUGGACGUGGUUUACGUAGGAAUUCAAAGUCUUGGAAUAAAGUUUCAAAUCUUCUGUUUGUGGAGUCUCCUGCUGGAGUUGGUUGGUCAUACUCGAAUACAACUUCUGAUUAUAUCAAGGAUGAUGCCUCCACAGCAAAUGAUAUGGUUUUAUUCUUGCUGAAAUGGUACGAGAAAUUCCCUUCUUACAAAUCAAGAAAGUUGUUUUUGACCGGAGAAAGCUAUGCAGGACAUUACAUACCACAGUUAGCUAAUGCUAUUCUUGAUUAUAAUCUUCAUCACCCCACUGGUUUCAAAUUCAAUAUAAAAGGACUCGCGAUUGGAAACCCACUUUUGAAAUGGAAUAAAGAUAGACGUACAACAUAUGAAUUUUUCUGGUCACACGGAAUGAUUUCAGAUGAACUUGGAGUCGCAAUCAUGGAUGAUUGCGAUUUUGAUGAUUAUUAUUAUGGAGAUCAUCAAAAUUUAUCCGAGUCAUGCAACAAUGCCUUAACCGAUGCUAAUAAAAUCGUGGGCAAGUAUAUAAACGUAUAUGAUGUGAUUCUUGAUGUUUGUUAUCCAGCCAUAGCUGAACAAGAAAUGAGAUUGAAAAAGAUGUUACAUAAUAUAAGUUUAGGCGUAGAUGUCUGUAUUGAAUCCGAAACCAAGUUUUACCUUAACCUUCCAGAGGUUCAGAAGGCUCUUCAUGCCAAUCGUACCAAAUUAUCAUAUCCCUGGUCCGAUUGUAGUAAUCUUUUAAAUUAUAGUAAUACAGAUCCUGAUAUCAAUAUGCUUCCAAUUCUCAAACGGAUAAUUCAAAACCAUAUUCCAAUAUGGAUUUUCAGCGGAGACCAAGAUUCAGUUAUACCAUUAAUCGGAUCUCGAACACUCGUUCGUGAAUUAGCUCAUGACCUAAAAUUCAAGAUUACUGAUCCAUAUAGAGUUUGGUUUCACAAAGGACAGGUUGGAGGUUGGGUAACUGAGUAUGGAAAACUGUUAACUUUUGCUACUGUAAGAGGAGCUGGUCAUAUGGUACCAUAUGCACAACCUUCUAGGGCAUUGGAUCUAUUCAAAUCUUUUUUGCAUGGCAUGAGAUUGCCAAACACUACUCGACCUUCAAUUAGUGAUGAUGGAGCUGUUAGCUAUAUACAACAUAUGGAGUUAGUAGAUUCUUAUUAGAGAUGCUGAAAAAGAAAAUAACUAUUAGUAGAUUGUAUGGGGGAAAACAGUUUAUUAAGAGAAGUUAGAAAAUAAAUAAAUGGUUCUAUUAUUCUUGUUUUGAAUUUUUUUGAGUCUAUUGAUUCACU